GUGUAGACGUGUACUAGCCCAUCGCUUGGAACCUUUAUGUAAUUGGCGAGGCUUUUCAAUCUAGGCAUUUUACAUUUGAACAACGGAGUAGUGCGGCGUAUUGCUUAUAGAAACAUGACCUCAGUCGAAGAACUGAAGCUGCGAGUGAGGGAGCUUGAGAAUGAGUUGAUCAAGUGUAAGCAAAAGCGAUGUACGGCGAUGUGUGCCGAGGAACCUGCCGACAACACCCAACCUCAUCACAGACCAAGGAUCGACAAAAUGAGUGCAGAAGUAGUGGAUUCAAACCCUUACAGUCGUCUGAUGGCUUUGAAGCGAAUGGGCAUUGUUGAAGAUUACGAGAAAAUCCGGAUGUUCACUGUAGCUGUGGUGGGUGUUGGAGGAGUUGGAAGUGUGACUGCAGAAAUGCUCACAAGAUGUGGCAUUGGUAAGCUCAUCCUGUUUGACUAUGACAAAGUGGAGCUGGCCAAUAUGAACAGGCUGUUCUUCCAGCCUCACCAGGCUGGCCUCAGCAAAGUAGAGGCAGCUGAACAUACACUCAGGAAUAUCAACCCAGAUGUGCAGUUUGAGACCCACAACUACAACAUUACCACCAUGGAGCAUUUUGCACAUUUCAUGGAUCGCAUAAGUUAUGGGGCGCUUCAGGAAGGAAAGGCCGUAGACCUGAUUCUGAGUUGUGUGGACAACUUUGAGGCCCGGAUGGCCAUCAACGCAGCAUGUAACGAGCUGGGUCAGAUCUGGAUGGAGUCUGGUGUGAGUGAGAACGCGGUGUCUGGACACAUCCAGCUCAUCAUCCCGGGGGAGACGGCCUGCUUCGCAUGUGCUCCUCCCCUGCUGGUGGCCGCCAACAUUGAUGAGAAGACCCUGAAGAGGGAGGGGGUGUGUGCUGCCAGCCUACCCACCACCAUGGGUGUGGUGGCAGGGAUCCUGGUCCAAAACGUCCUCAAGUACCUGUUGAAGUUUGGCACAGUCAGCCAUUACCUGGGCUACAACGCCAUGCAGGACUUCUUCCCAACUAUGGCCAUGAAGGCUAACCCCACAUGUGAUGACCGCUACUGCAGAAAACAGCAGGACGACUAUAAGAAGAAAGAGGCAGAGCGACCAAAAAAGGUUGUAGAGGAGGUGGUGGAGGAGGUAGUGGUUCACGAGGAGAACGACUGGGGUAUUGAGCUGGUGUCAGAGCAGACAGAAGAGGAACGCCAUGCGGCUUCAGGCCCUGUCCCCGACCUCCCAGAAGGCAUCACUGUGGCCUACACCAUCCCUGAGAAGGAGACCGGGGCAUCAGGAGGGGAGACGGUGGAGGAAACAGAACAGAGUCUAGAAGAGCUAAUGGCCCAGAUGAGAAAGAUGUAACCGGGACCAGGAAGACACCUCAACUAUCAGACAACCAUCAUCGUCGUGCAUCGCUUAUCUCCGCAACAUUGCAGUGAAGCUACCACCCUUUUGUAAUAACGGAGCAUUGACGCCAUACAGUAUACCCCCUGCAAUGGAGCUUUGCAUCUCCACGUUCUUAAGUCAAGCACGAUUUUUCAAACCCACUAUACGUACUACAGUAUCAAUACGACUUAAUGCAUGUACUUCUGCUCCUUUGACAUGAAAGGGAAUGCAAUGCAUGGUUAAUGAGCUCAAGUGCUGCUGUUGAUGAUCUUCAUAUUCCCCAAGGGUAGAAAUUUACUAGUGUAAGCCUGUUCAAUAUGGAAGCAUCUAACUGUUGAAAUUCAAUUAGAAUUUCAGCAUCGGAGAGCACGAACUGGGCGCUGAAAUACAAUUUAGGGGCAGCAUAGGGUAUGUAAUUAUCUUAAAUAAACUUUUGCUUGAUGAAAUGGACCAGGUACAUACAGAUGUUAGCUAUAUAAUUCAUUAUGCUUGUUGACCGAGACGAAAUACUGUUGUAACACUGAGUUGAAUAAGCAAUUGCUGUUAUGGAUACAGUCUCGGACCAACUAUUACUACUGUAUGGAAUGCUAAUUAAUGAAAUUGUAAAUGCAUUUCAUCCUUUCUUAAACAUUUUGAAUGAUGGUGAAUGAGGCCUAAUGUUUCUCUGCAUGACUAACCUGCCUUAAAUGUAUCUGCUCCAUGUCUAGCUCUGGUCUGUAGUGCGAUGACAAAGAGUGGCCAACAAUGGACCAGUGCUACUCCCAUGUCAUACUCUCAGCUGUUUAAUCUGAUAUAGCUGUAACUGAAACUUUCUCUGCUGAAACUGUACCGUCCAACUCUGUUUCCACACUUUGUUUCAAUAAAGUAUUUAUUAGCCAGUU